GGUUAAACUACAAAUGUCAAAACUUAUUGAAGUUUUUCAGUUUUCUGUCUCGUCUUUUCAAAAGUUCGGAAACUUUUUGAGCUUUUUGUUUUUUAUAUUAAUUAUUUUAUUAUGAACGAUUAAGGAUUCAAUGAGAAGAAUAUACUAUGUACUAUCUAGUUAAUAACGAAUUAUUGUACAUUCAUAACAUUAUGAAGAUAAGUAUUUUAAUUCUGUUCAUCUUGGCUCACGUGGCGAAAAGUUUCGACUCUACAAAUAUUGUGUUCACAAUAAUAAGUCAAUCGGAGCCUUAUCAUGCGAGCGUGGCAAGUCGGCUCAAAAUGGAUAUGGAGAACCAAAUAUAUGAUUUAGAAGGGCGGGAAGCAAAAGUGCACAUAACGCACGAAGACUUCGCAGUGCCGGGAGCGUGGACGAUCAUACCACUGCUCAGACUACUAGUCACCAAAUACAAGGGAAGUGACGUACGAUGGGUUGUGUUCGUGGAGCCGCAUACAGCUGUGCGGUGUGGGAAGCUGGUAGAUGCGCUGGGUGUAGCGGAUAAACAGAAGGAAACAAUGUGGAUAGGUUAUCCUCUAAGUGAUGAUGAGCCAACUAUAAUUCAUCACUUCACGGUUUUCGAAGAGCUAGAAGAAGAUGGCGGGUUUGUGUAUCCGAACUUUGCAAGUGGCUUUGCAAUGAGGAUGGAAUUGAUUGAAAGUCUCGUAAACAAAAUCGAAAGUGGCGAGAGGCAGCUAGAAGCAGACUUCUCUAUAGACCCGGCAUUUGAACUAGCUCGGCUUGUGUACGGGUCUAAAGAACAACGAGGUCCUCUUCUUACUCCAGACCUUAGUUUCUGUGUCGUGUCUAUGGAUAACUGUGCUACGUAUCCGAGGCAGUUUGAAACUUGUGGCAGUGCGAUAUCUGAGAGCGCGGUAUACUUCGCAGUGAAGACGUGGAGCGGCUUUCACGAGUCACGAGCUCGGGUCGUCAAGAAGACCUGGGGCAAGCAUGUCACUAAUCUGCACUUUUUUAGCGAUCUGGAAGAUCCAACAUUACCCUCUACGAAUCUCGGAAUACCAAAUACCAAAACAGGUCACUGCGCAAAAACGAUCGCCAUUUUGAAAGAAGUAUUGCGAAGAGUUGAGAAAAUGCCGCAGAUCAAGUGGAUAUUCUUAGCUGAUGAUGAUACCAUUUUGGGUGUGCGAAGACUAUGCGAAGUUCUGAGCUGUUACCGUGGGGGUGGUGACGUCACCAUACUGGGCGAAAGAUAUGGUUACGGCUAUGGAAAAACUGAGACGGCUAGUAAAGGUUAUGACUACAUAACCGGCGGCGGCGGCACCGCGCUGAGCCUCGGUGCGGCGCGGCUGCUGGCGCGCUGCGGCUGCGCGGCGACACACGCGCCCGACGACAUGUCGCUGGGCGCGUGCGCGCUGCGCGUGCGCGUGCCCGUCACGCACUCGCCGCUGUUCCACCAGGUGCGGCACUAUACACACCGCUCCUGUAUACAGUGUGUACACUACUGCGCGGCGACACACGCGCCCGACGACAUGUCGCUGGGCGCGUGCGCGCUGCGCGUGCGCGUGCCCGUCACGCACUCGCCGCUGUUCCACCAGGUGCGGCACUAUACACACCGCUCCUGUAUACAGUGUGUACACUACUGCGCGGCGACACACGCGCCCGACGACAUGUCGCUGGGCGCGUGCGCGCUGCGCGUGCGCGUGCCCGUCACGCACUCGCCGCUGUUCCACCAGGUGCGGCACUAUACACACCGCUCCUGUAUACAGUGUGUACACUACUGCGCGGCGACACACGCGCCCGACGACAUGUCGCUGGGCGCGUGCGCGCUGCGCGUGCGCGUGCCCGUCACGCACUCGCCGCUGUUCCACCAGGUGCGGCACUAUACACACCGCUCCUGUAUACAGUGUGUACACUACUGCGCGGCGACACACGCGCCCGACGACAUGUCGCUGGGCGCGUGCGCGCUGCGCGUGCGCGUGCCCGUCACGCACUCGCCGCUGUUCCACCAGGUGCGGCACUAUACACACCGCUCCUGUAUACAGUGUGUACACUACUGCGCGGCGACACACGCGCCCGACGACAUGUCGCUGGGCGCGUGCGCGCUGCGCGUGCGCGUGCCCGUCACGCACUCGCCGCUGUUCCACCAGGUGCGGCACUAUACACACCGCUCCUGUAUACAGUGUGUACACUACUGCGCGGCGACACACGCGCCCGACGACAUGUCGCUGGGCGCGUGCGCGCUGCGCGUGCGCGUGCCCGUCACGCACUCGCCGCUGUUCCACCAGGUGCGGCACUAUACACACCGCUCCUGUAUACAGUGUGUACACUACUGCGCGGCGACACACGCGCCCGACGACAUGUCGCUGGGCGCGUGCGCGCUGCGCGUGCGCGUGCCCGUCACGCACUCGCCGCUGUUCCACCAGGUGCGGCACUAUACACACCGCUCCUGUAUACAGUGUGUACACUACUGCGCGGCGACACACGCGCCCGACGACAUGUCGCUGGGCGCGUGCGCGCUGCGCGUGCGCGUGCCCGUCACGCACUCGCCGCUGUUCCACCAGGUGCGGCACUAUACACACCGCUCCUGUAUACAGUGUGUACACUACUGCGCGGCGACACACGCGCCCGACGACAUGUCGCUGGGCGCGUGCGCGCUGCGCGUGCGCGUGCCCGUCACGCACUCGCCGCUGUUCCACCAGGCCCGACCACAAGACUACCCGCGCGAAGUGCUAGCUCGAGACAGGCCGGUCUCCUUCCACCGACUCCCGCGGGAACCUGUCAAAGUCUACGCGGCUUGGUUCCAACACGAUGACCUAGCUCUUACUAGUUUUAGGGACGAACUGUGAAUUUAAUUAGAUUGUAUCAUGUUCAUGUAUGUAAAAGAAGAAAGUCACAAAUUGACAUAAAAUUGUAAAUAAGGUAAAAAGUGUGGAUUCUGUACCAACUAAACGAUGUUUUUUUAGGUCCGUAUUUUGUCAAACUCGAAUAAAAAGCUUUCUGGUUUUAUUUAACUUGUUGACAAUUUUGUUAAUUUUAGGUAAUAAAAAAAUUAAGAUUUUAUUGACACAUUCCAAUAAGUAAAAAAGUAUUAAUUAGGUACUAAUCAAGUAAUGCUUUGUAUAUGCUUGCUAUUUUAGCAACAACAAGUUCUUAUAUACAACGAGUUUAAUGUUAAUGUGCUUGUGAUAAACAUGGAGUUUGUACUUAUAUUAAUUUUAUAAUUGUUAUAAAUAAAUAUGUAUUAUGUGCCAGUAUUUGUGUAGAUAAAGUACAUAUCAGUUGUGUUUUAAAUAAAUUUAAUAUUUUUAUA